AUGGGACACCCUGUAUAUUUGGACAUUCAAAACAAAUGGUUUCAUCAUCCCAAAAAUGGUAUAAAUAAUAUCAAGAUCUUAUUUUAUGGAGGUGGUAGCAAAACUUCUGAUUCGGACGUGCCAAUAAAAGAUGUAUCAUUAACUUUAUUUCAAAGAAUUUUUAAAUAUAUUUAUACUGGCCGAAUAGAUUUAAGGGAUUUUAAGAAUGAAGAAAUUUUCGAAUUACAUAAGCUUUCGGAUUACUUUGGGAUUUCACAUUUAAAACUUUCACUGAAAAAGUAUUUGCAAAGAACCAUUAACCAAUACAAUGCAUGUACGUUCAUUACUUUGGCAAGAAUUUAUAAAAACGAGGAGCUCGAAGUCGAAUUCCUCAAAUUUAUCGAUGACAACGCCGAGGAAGUAUUGGAUUCCAAUGAUUUUAGGACUUUGUCAUCUGAAGUUCUUCAAGAAAUCCUCAAUCGGGACUCUUUUUAUGCUAACGAAUUGGUUAUAUUCCGUGAGGUUUGUCGCUGGGUCAAUGAGAACCAAAACAAACUGAAUCGUGAUACAAAAAUUAAAGUUUUAUCGGCCGUCAGAUAUCCGAUAAUGAGUGUUGGAGAACAGUCUCAAGCUAGGGAAUCACAACUGGUUAGGUCGGAUAUAAUUUCUGCUGCCAUGCAAUUAAGAAGAAACACGUGGCCACAAGAUAAGCCUCAAUUACGGGGACGGCUAAUACUCGAUGAUCGUAUUCGGUACGAGUCUCAUAGUUCUCCACUUCCCGAUUUGAAUACAAUUCAUCAGUCUCGGGGUUUCGCGGUUAGAUACAUGGAAAUCGGUACCAAUAUGAUAAGGUUGACAAAACCAUCAUUUGUAAACUUUAUAAAUAUAACGUUAUGGGAUCCUGUUGAAAGUAAAAAGUAUGUUAUGAACUUAUAA